AUGUUCUUCAGUUAUUUCGUUAAAAAGUUCACCAGAAAAGUGGUUGGGGACUUCAACAAUGGCCAGGAUCCGUUCGUGGAGGAGUACGAGUUUGAGAGGAAGUCGUUCUUCUCUGGGUCGUCGAAGGUUGUGAAGAAGACUAGACCCAAGAGUAUCGCCGAGUAUGUGCCUGAGCGGCAGAGGGGUUUGGUCCUGUCGAUGCGGAAACGGUGCUACCGGAUGGAGCUCAUGUUCUCGUUCUGGGGGAUGAAGUUUGGAUGGCUGAACAUUGUAAAGAUUGUUCCUGUUGUAGGCGACAUCUGCGCUUUGUGUCUGUCGCUGCUGGUGCUGAGGGAGAUGAGAACUGCGGCGGACGGUCUGCCCUCGGAUAUCAUGGCGAGCUGUCUGUUCAACAUACUGAUCGACUUCACGUUCAGCUUGGUGCCGAUUGUGGGUGACAUCGUCAGUGUGGCUUACAAGCCCAACUGUCGGAACGCGAUGCUCAUCGAGGAGCACAUCGACCGAAAGUACAGGAAGGAGAUGAAUCUCAAGGCGGCCAAGCAGAUGGAUACGCCGAUUAGUGCUGCCAAACAGCACUAG